GAGGAGGCGCUGCAGACCAUCUUUUCACCCCGUUGUGUCUUGUGCAGGGAGCAGGCCGUGUCCUCGGUGGGCUUCUGUGUUAUCAGCACUCAGAAGAGGGGCUACCCCCUGGAAGAUGCCACGCACAUUGCCUUACGCACAGUGCGGAGGUUCCUGGAGUCGCACGGUUCGGCGCUGGAUAAAGUGGUGUUCGCGGUGACGGAGCAGGAAGAGGCCACCUACCUGCAUCUUCUUCCGCUCUACUUCCCACGGUCCCUGGCGGAGGAGCGGAGUUCGCUGCCCCUGAUCCCCCCAGAUAUCGGCAAUGCUGACGGGGAACCAGUGGUCCCAGAGCGACAGAUCCGAAUCUGUGAGAAGCCGGGGGCUCAUGAAGACGACUCGGAGGAGGAGGAUGGACUGGGGCGCGAUCUGUCCCUCAUCGGCUCGCACGCUUUCGCACGUAUGGAAGGUGACGUGGACAAGCAGCGGCGUCUGGCACUACAGGGGCAAAUGUCUGGGGUCGCCCUGCAGAAGCAGCACCAGAGAAAUUACAAUCGUUGGCUGUCUCGGGCGCGGACAGAAGACCUCUCAGACAUUGCUGCCCUGAAGGCGUUGUACCAGUCCGGAGUGGAUAACUGCGGCCGCACCAUCAUCGUCAUCGUAGGGAGGAACAUUCCCGUCCUGCUGAUCGACAUGGAGAAGGCUUUGCUCUACUUCAUACACAUGAUGGAUCACGUGGCCGCCAAGGAUUACGUCCUGGUCUAUUUCCACACCCUGACCGCCGAACACAACCACCUGGACUCCGACUUCUUAAAGAGCGUGUACGACGUGGUGGACGCCAAAUAUAAGAAGAACUUGAAGGCUCUUUACUUCGUCCAUCCGACAUUUCGAUCUAAGGUGUCCACUUGGUUCUUCACGACUUUUACCAUCUCUGGGUUGAAGGAUAAGGUCCACCAUGUUGACAGCUUGCACCAGCUCUUCACCGCCAUCUCCCCAGACCAGAUAGAGAUCCCCCCUUUUGUGCUGGAUUACGACGCUCGGGAGAAUGGACCCGUCUUCCCGACACACUCCUCCUUCUCAGGCCUCUGACCCCUCUGCCUUCUCCUUUUUUGCGGCCCCCCGGGGUCCUCCGCUGCUUCUCUGCACAUAUUCCCGGACUAGACGGCGGUCAGCAAUGAUGGACGAUAUACAUGUGGUCCGCCAGCUCCUCCUGUGACCCAACAAUCCCCCCUUUCCCCAGAGACAAUGGAGUGUGCUGCGCAGACAGCGGGGUGUCACAUGAUAUUUAUACUCCUGUAAAUAGUGGCGCCCCCUGCUGGAGGGCGCUCAGUGAGGGCUGAUCCUUGCUGUGCCGACAAUAAAGUCCCUUUAUAAUGUGAA